AUGGAGGGACAUCAUCGUCAUCAUCACCAACAACAACAGCAACCUCAUCAACCACUUCAGCAUCAAACUCAUCAGCUUCAUCUUCAACAACAACAACAACAACAACAACAACAGCAGCUUCAGCAGCAGCAGCUACAGCAGCCGCUUCCUAGUACUAUCAGCGUCAACGUGGACACGAGCGAUAGGUUUCCUCAAUGGAGCAUUCAAGAGACGAAAGAGUUGCUGGUGAUCAGAGCCGAGCUCGACCAGACUUUCAUGGAGACGAAGAGAAACAAGCUUUUGUGGGAAGUGAUUGCCACCAAGAUGAAGGAAAAGGGCCACCAUCGCAGCGCCGAACAGUGCAAGUGCAAGUGGAAAAACCUCGUUACCCGUUACAAGGGAUGUGAGACGAUGGAGCCGGAAGCUAUGAGGCAGCAAUUCCCAUUUUACAAUGAGCUGCAAGCGAUUUUCGCAGCGAGGAUGCAGAGAAUGCUGUGGGCAGAAGAGAGCGGGGCUGCAAGCGGGUCGAAGAAGAAAGCGCUUUCUUCGGAUGAGGAGGAAGAUAAUGAGGACAGCGAGGCAGAGAAUAAGGCAAGCACGGUGAGGAAAAAGAAGAAGAAGGUGAAGAUGAGCAAUAUUGGCAUCGGCAGUACAAGUGGGAGUGGAAGCGGAAAUAAUGUGAGGGAGAUAUUGGAGGAGUUCAUGAAGCAACAGAUGCAAAUGGAGAUGCAAUGGAGGGAGGAGUUUCAAGCGAGGGAGAACGAGAGGCGUUUGAAGGAGAUGGAGUGGAGGCAGACCAUGGAAGCUCUAGAGAACGAGAGGAUAAUGAUGGAGAGGAGGUGGAGAGAGAGAGAAGAGCAAAGGAGGAUGAGAGAGGAGGCUAGGGCUGAGAAGAGGGAUGCUCUUAUCACCGCUUUGCUAAACAAGCUUAGAAGAGAAGACAUGUAG